GAGCGCGACGGCGCUGAACCGGGGCGUUUGUUAUUUUGCUCCACGCCUGGGCGAAGCCACGCCCCCGCCACGCUAUUGGUGGAUCCCUUUUCGGGGGGAGAGGCUUACAUCUCAGGCUCCACCUCCGCCCUGCCGUAUAAAAGCGGCGCCGCGGGCGGACGGCGCGGGGUUUCUGGCCCUCUCGGCGACUGCGCGUGCGUGCGCGGGGAGAGUUUGUAUCUGGAGACUGCAGCGUCUUUAGCUCGCGUUCCGCGUCGCGGGUUCGAGGCCAGGGUCCGCGCGUGGUGGGUUCGCGCCCCGGGGCGUGAUGCUGUUUGACAAGGUGAAGGCGUUCGCGGUGCAGCUGGACGGCGCGACCGCGGGCGCUGAGCCGGUGUUCAGCGGCGGCCAGGUCGUGGCGGGCCGGGUGCUGCUGGAGAUGGCGGGCGCGGCGCGCGUGGGCACCCUGAAACUGCGCGCGCGAGGCCGCGCACACGUGCACUGGACCGAGUCCCGCAGCGCGGGCUCCAGCACCGCGUACACGCAGAGCUACAGCGAGCGCGUGGAGGUCGUGAGCCACCGCGCCACGCUGCUCACCCCAGACACCGGAGAGACCACGACCCUGCCUGCUGGGUGUCACGAGUUCCCGUUCAGCUUCCAGCUGCCUCUGACCCUGGUGACAUCCUUUGAGGGAAAACAUGGCAGUGUCCGAUACUGCAUCAAGGCCACCCUGCACCGCCCCUGGGUCCCAGCACGCAGGACCAGGAAGGUGUUCACUGUCAUUGAGCCCGUGGACAUCAAUACACCUGCCCUGCUGGCACCUCAAGCAGGCGCUCGGGAAAAGGUGGCCCGAUCCUGGUACUGUAACCGCGGCCUGGUCUCCCUCUCUGCCAAGAUCGACCGCAAGGGCUACACUCCAGGAGAGGUGAUCCCGGUCUUCGCCGAGAUCGACAACGGCUGCAAGAGGCCCGUGCUGCCCCGGGCAGCCGUGGUGCAGACGCAGACGUUCAUGGCCAGAGGCGCCCAAAAGCAGAAGCGAUCAGUGGUGGCCAGCGUGGCGGGCGAGCCCGUGGCUCCCGGGCGGCGGGCCCUGUGGCAGGGCCGGGCACUGCGCAUCCCGCCCGUGGGCCCUUCCAUCCUGCACUGCCGCGUGCUGCACGUCGGCUACUCGCUCAAGGUUUGCGUGGACAUCCCGGGCACGUCCAAGCUGCUUUUGGAACUGCCACUGGUCAUUGGCACUGUGCCGCUGCACCCCUUUGGCAGCCGCUCAUCCAGCGUGGGCAGCCACGCCAGCUUCCUGCUGGACUGGGGGCUGGCGGCCCUGCCCGAGCGCCCCGAGGCCCCUCCCGAAUACUCAGAGGUGGUCACCGAAGAUGAGGUGGCAGCCACCUUGCAGAGCCCCUUCCCGCUGCUGCCGGACCCCAGGCUGAGCCUGGAGGGGCCCUACUUCACCUGCAUCCAGGAGUUCCGCUUCCAGCCGCCCCCCCUGUACUCGGAGGAGGACCCAAACCCCCCUCCGGAGGCCAUGAGGCCACGCUGCAUGACCUGCUGAGCGGCUCGGGGACACCUGGAGGGGCGCGCUUGCCCACAUACCUCCCGCCACCGUGACCACGGAGAAGGCUGGACCAAGGGCCCACGAGCCCGAAGUUGAGGAAACUGAGUCUUGGGGCAGGGCCAGGCUGUCCACUGUCCCACUGUCCCACAGGACGGAGGAGGAGCCAGGCUGGGAGCUGACGUGUUCGGACCAGCCAUCCCAGAGCAUCGGUGCCAGCACCGGACCCAGGGGACUGUUGGGCCCCCGUGUGCCUGACCUGUGGGUGGUGCCGGGUCCCCCAGGAGCCUCUAGUCUUAGGGAGCCAGAGCCAGACAUGGACACUUCCCGUCUCGUGAAGUCAGAGGGGACCCAGGGCUGGGGGCAUCCAGAGCGGCAGCAGGGGAGGCCUGCAGGGGAGGCCUGGUUGGCUGAGGCUUUGGAGGACAAAAAGGAGCUCAGCAGGCAGGCGAGGGGGAGGGGAAGUUGGAGAAGGUCAGCGCUGAGUGGCAUCUGGGGGCCACCACCUUCAGCUUUCGAAUGGGGCUGAGAGGGGAGGUGUCUUCAUGGGCUGAGGGCCCAGGAGCAAGGCGGUCAGGAAAUCAGGUCACUGGAGCGACGUGGGGCAGCAGAGGUCCCUGGCUCAGGCUGGACAGCCCGGGAGUUCCUCCAAGUGCCCCAGGACAUAGGAGCUGCCUGGCCAUCUGUGGCCCGGGACCCAGGUUCAGGGAGGGACGGGCAGGACCAGCCAAGCUACUUACUACGUGGAUGGGAGGCCUGGCUCACAGACGACUUCGGACUUCACGACAGUGACAACAGCAUUAAAGCAGGCCCUGGGGACUCAAGUCAGCGUAGGGUGACAUAUCAGGGACCAUUGUGCUUCAGCAGGCCCCCCCCCGGGGGGGUUGAAGGGGGCAGCCGGACAAGCCCCCAGCCGCAGGGCCCAUCCCGGGGCUCGGCAUGGGUGACAGGCCUUAAAAUCACUAUUUUAUACAAUUAUUUUUGAUAAAAUAAAAGUGUGGCAGAAGAGACU